ACCUCGCUCGUUUGCAGCGACCUUCAACUCCCGCCAUCCUUGCUAAUUAGACGAGCAACCCACGGCAGUGAGCUCGUUUCUUUGCACGGGCAAUCGACGAAAAAAAAGACCAUUCUUCAUCCUUGCACAAGCUAGGAAAGAUGGCGCUGCGCAAUGCGGUCCACCGCCGCAACCACAAGGAGCGAUCCCAGCUUGCCUCUCGCAAGCAUCUCGGCCUCCUCGAGAAGCACAAAGAUUAUGUCCAGCGUGCAGCAGACCAUCACUCAAAGCGUGAGAGGAUCAAGCGGCUGAGAGAAAAAGCGGGGAUGAGGAACAAAGAUGAAUUUUACUUUGGCAUGGUGAACUCAAGGACACAGAAAGGAGUGCACAUCGCCUCUCGACCCUCAUCCGUCGCGCUGUCGACGCCGCUCGUCCAGCUGCUGAAAACGCAAGACGCCUCACUGAUCCGCCAUCAACUGCGACAAGAGCAAAAGCGUCUCGAGAAGCUCAUCGCUCGUGUCGCACCUGCUGUGCCCGGCAUGCGCCUCGCAUGGCUCGAGGUGCCGAUCAAGAAAGACUACAAGGAAAGGAAUAGGAAAGAGGUGCUGCAGGAUGCUGGGCUGCUUGUCAAGGAGCAGGUCAAGGGAAAGGGGAAAGGCAAGGCAAAGGCGGCGGAGCACGCUUUUGAUGAAGAAGAAGAGCGUGAUGGCGGCCAAAAGGUCGUGGGUCUGGCAGGGAAAAAGACCAUCUGGUGUGACAGCACUGAUGAACUCCGAAACUAUGCGAGCAUCGGCUUCGCAUCUUCCUCGCACCACACUGGGCCAGAGGUAACAGAUGCAAGACCCGGCAGCGAUGGACACAACGCGGCCGAUUGGGACGACAUGUCCGACCUAGAUGCAUCUGCUCUCGAUGAUGACGAUGAUGAUGCAUCUAGCAGCCAUCACAGCAACUCUAGCGGGGCAGGACAAGACGAAAAGUAUCUCUCGCAUCUCCUGCUCCUCCUCUCUGCGCGACAAGAGCGACAAGAGGCCUUAUCAGAAGCGGCGUCAAAAUUGGCGCUAGUGCGCAACCUGAUGUCCUCGCGUGGCAACUCGGCCCGAAAUGUGACGGACAAGAACACUGCGAAGAAGGCACAGAUGGUUGACCUCGUCGCCAAUGGCAAAAUGACAAGCAACGGGCUUGCUUUACCCGGAAACGAAGACGAAGACGACGCAGUGGAUACAGAGGGGGGCAAGGGCAAAUCCAAACUCAAAGUAUUCAAAUGGAGCAGAGAACGCAAGCGUUGAGCCUAAGCUGGUAUCGAGUUGAAUAUAAAGCACGAGUGUGAUGAAAUGCACAUAUGCACAAUUGUUUAGUUGGCGAAGAUUGUAUACCUG